UCAAUUUAUAGCGGAUUCUACAGGGAUAGGCUGUCUAGCUACUGCUGUCCAAAUAAACAACAUUAACAAAAUCCAUCUAGUAGAAGUUAGUACUUACAGCCUUGGGCACAUCUGCUUCACAGCCAACAUUGGUGGAUAUAAUAUGCUGCGCAGAAAGCCCACCCGUCUGGAAUUGAAGUUGGAUGACACUGAGGAGUUUGAGUGUGUCAAGAAACAGCUUGAGAUUCGGAAAAAACAGAGCGAUGAAGUGGAUGUUGUUGGUGUGGCUAUGUUUAGUAAUAUGGUGGGGGCCAGCGGUGGAACAGGGGAUGGGAAGACACGGGAACAGAUGAUCAACGAGAGAAGAAGCUACAAGCCCCAUCCUAAACCCAACACCUUGCCCUCACUCUUUGGAAACCUGCAGUUUUAGGUUCCUAAUAGGCACAUUAACAAGACUGCUCAAACCAGUGUUGGUGUGGGGAUGGCACAGUAACAAUGCUAUUGACAUGGUCAGGGAUACUUGUGUGCUUACCUGAGGUCAAAAUUCUCUUCACAAAGAAAUGUGUAGUUUGAGGAUCAUGUUUUGCUUAUAACACACAUCUUCUAAAGUAAUGUUGUUGCAUUUACCUGAAAUGUUAUGACUUGCGAUGCAAAGCGUGUGGCCUUUCGUACAAUACGUUUCAUGGGAGCUGUUGUAGUGGUUUCCCUCCAUUACAAAAAUCCAGACUUGGUAGUCCCAGGAAGGUGAAGGUAGCAUCUUUGGGGCAAAAUGGAAUGGACUUGAUAACUAAUCAGUUAUUACUUAGAAUGGUAUGAUUGUAGAUUUAUUGGCCUUCAAGGCUGCAUUAUGAGAAUGCAACAGAAUCAAACAUACAGUUCUUGAAUGAUACCAUUUAUUACUUGUUUUCUCUAGAUGAUUACAGCACUGUAAAUACGUCAUACUAUACAGACAUGUCUGUGGACUUAACAGUCCAGGUAAUGUUCACACUGUUGCUGCGCUGGAGUGGCAGUCAGACUCCCACUGCUGUUUUGGCCCAUUAACUUCAACGCUCGAGUUGUAUAGUAGACUAUAAUAAUAAAUCUUGAUACAUGAUCCCAUGUGGUAAAGCAGAAACAGUUAUAAUAUGUUCAAGUAUACACCAACUAUUCAUGUCCCUGGCUUGAUUGUAAUGUAAUGAGAAUGUGCGGCAGUUAAAUCCAGUUAUAGCAACUAGGAAUUUGACCCUCAAACCAGGCACAGCACAUCACUAAGGCUGUGUUUAGACAAGCAGCUCAAUUCUGAUAUUUUUUCCACUAAUUGGUCUUUUGUCCAAUCACAUCAGAUCUUUCUACAACCAAUAUUUUUCCAGAUCUGAUUGGUCAAAAGACCAAUUAACUGAGUGCAACAACAAAAAAACAAAAAAUCUGAAUUGGCCUGCCGGUCUACAGAGACAGACAAUUCUGACAUUUCCGCGAAUUGGUCCUUUAACCAAUCAAAUCAGCUCUAUUGCCAAAUCAUUAAAAGAUCAGAAUCAGACUGCCUGUGUAAAACACAGCUUUAGGCAACUGAUAAACAUUUACUAGUCAUUUCUCAGAGAUGAAAAAAAUUAUAAUCAAGAAACUAAAAAUACAACUUUCUCUUUAGGUUCUACUUCAUAGAUAUCCCCUCCUGUCAAAGUGUGAACUGUGAGGCGUAAGCACCGAUAGGUCACAAGAGGUGCAGUAAUCAUGUGUUACUAGGCCAGUCUGAGAAAGCACUAGAUCCAUCCUCGUACUUUCCCAUAGUUCCCUGCUUGUCCUUGGGAUCUGAGCACUUUCUCCAAUAAGGACACUAGUGUCCAUGUUGUGUUGACAUGUGAACUAAUUUAAGCCUAUUGAAUGAAUGCACCAAAAGUUACUCCCAAGUUAUAUUAUGAACAUUUUAUAUUGGCUUCUUGAUGUACGAGAGUCAAUUUACAUUUGUGUGUCAGAUCAAACCUUCGAGUGCCAAGUGUCAUUGGUAAAUAAUGAGGUUGUCAUUCAUAAACUACCAAAAUUGAACACUGCAUAGCAGUGUGUCUCAUGAAGAGGAUCUCAAAGGUUGUCGCGCUCUGCUGCAUUACACUAAUGUAUAUAAUCACACAACAUUUAAAGUGUACUGUACUUGACUGCUUGUCCACUGGACAAACUUCUUUAAAAUAGCACUGGCACUUGUCAGUAGACUACAGUUGGCCUAGGCUGUCAUGUUUCCCUCCUUUAAGGCAAAGGGUUUAGUAAGGCUUAGUCAUACAGCCAGAGCUGCCCCACCAUCUCCACACAAUCCCAAGUAUGACCUUUGACUCCUGUAGUUGAGAGACCCUGAUUAUGUUAGACCCCCCCGCCAGAUUGUCAGAUGGAAUGCAGAUAUGACAAGGCUUCAGAAGAACACAUUGGCUUUAACUUGGGCCCAGGUGGGGUCAGGAAAAACUCUGGGCCCUAUUCACAAUGAUCUUCAAUGAGAGAGGUUGUAAGGGUCAUAAAUAGCUCUCUGAGCAGAAGAGCCUAGAGCCCCAGUGCUACAAGGAUGAACCUGCACUGGUUGUUGCGCAAUAACAAAAACAGAAUGGAAGAAUGGCACGACUGGGGGAAGUGGAUGUUUGGCCCUUGACAGCUGUGGAGCCAGACAGGAGUGGUGUUGGUAUAACA